UUAACCGCCUUAAGUAUGGACACACUGAUCAAAAGAGAAAACAAUUGUUGCGUUUAUUUACAAAUAUUAAGUUAAUUAAAUCAAUACCCGGGAAAUGCAAUCGAAUGUUGAGAAUGUAUCGCAGGACUAUGCCAAGAUACUGCAGAGCGCCGACUUGGAUAAGGAGAUAAAUCCGCUGUGCACGAAUAUAGAGGAUAUGCUGGCCAGAUUAGAUGAGUUUGAGACUCUGCUGGCUUCGGUGCGUGCCGAGUCCAAUGGCAUGAUGGCCAACAACGUAUGCGCCAUCCUGGGAUUCGGAGACAGUUUCGAGCAGCUAAAGACGAGGAUCGACAGUAUGGAGCAGUUUGUGGGUGUAGUUAGUGCCAAUUUGACGGAAGUCGAAAGAUCGGUGGAUAUAGCCGAGGAGGAGCUGCAUGUCACGGACUACAGCCUCAAGGGACUCCUCCUGAAACCGCUGAAGGCCAAGCUAGGUGUCAGCGAUCCCAGCACAUUUAGUUCCCUGCCACGAUCCAAUCUCAUCCAGGAGGAGUAUCAACCUGUGGAGAUCUACAAAUCCGAUGAUUACUUUGGAAAGUCGGAUGAGGAGAACUACGUAACCAAAUAACUAAACACAUAGUAAAUAACUAGAAGAAACAUAGCUUUAAUAGAGCUGUUAUUACCUGAAAUAGCAAACAACUUGUUAAGGAUCUUUGCAGAUUUAUAACCAUUAAAACUUAUACUUUUAUAAA